AGAAAGAGCUGCUAAAUUUGUGGAUGAUAACAGGGCGGACCUCAUUCAGAGGGUUACCAUGGUGAUGCCCAUAGCAGAUAAACUGUCCCAGUGGUGUAUGAUGCACAAAGAGGCGUACAAUAAGAUCCGUGCUGCCCGGACCAGACAGGAUCAGAUGAGGGAGCUGUACGAGGUCUUAAACACAGAAAAAGUCAAAUCAGCCUUCUAUAGGCUCCUUCGGAAGGAAGAGCCUCAUUUGGUCCAGGAGCCAGUGGAUGACGACACAAAAAGAAUUAAGGACGAACUUAAAGACAGUCUGAAGAAGAAGUUUGGAUUUGUGUUUGAAGGCACCGCAGUGGAACAAACUCCCCUCAACAGCAUCUACACACAGCUCUACAUCACACAAGGACAGAGUGAAGGGGUUAAUAGCGAACACGAGAUCCGGCAGAUUGAAUAUACACGCAGGGCAAAUAAAUCUACAGACACUCCAAUCAACUGCAAUGACAUCUUCAAACCCUUAUCUGGAGAAGACAGAGAAAAGGAAAGACCCAUCAGAACUGUGCUGAUGAAGGGCAUCGCUGGCAUUGGAAAAACAGUCUCUGUGCAGAAGUUCAUCCUCGACUGGGCUAAAAGAAAAGCUAAUCAGGAUGUUGAUUUCAUCUUUGUGCUUCCACUCCGAGAGCUGAAUCUGAUUCAAGAUGACCAGUACAGUCUUCAUGGACUUUUGCGUUACUUCCACCCUGAACUUAAAGAGAUAGAAGAGGCAAAGACAUAUGAUACCUGCAAAGUCAUGUUCAUCUUUGAUGGUCUGGAUGAAAGCAGACUGCCAUUAGGUUUUCAUCAGAACAAGAAGUUGACUGAUCUAACUGAGACAUCAUCAGUUGACAGGUUGAUGACAAACCUCAUUGAGGGGAAUCUACUCCCCGAAGCUCUCCUCUGGAUAACCUCCCGACCAGCAGCAGCCAAUCAGGUCCCCUGUAAGUACAUCGACAAGGUGACAGAAGUACGAGGGUUCAACGACAAACAGAAAGAAGAAUACUUUAAGAAGAAUGUUGAGGAUGAGAACCGGGCCAGGAGAAUCAUCUCACACAUUAAUACAUCAAGGAGCCUCCACAUCAUGUGCCACAUACCAGUCUUCUGUUGGAUUACUGCCAGGGUUCUUGAGCAAAUGUUGAGUGAAGAUGAAAGUGGAGAGAUCACAACUCUGACUGAGAUGUACAAUCACUUCCUGCUCAUUCAGACAAACCUGAAAAGCAAGAAGUACGAUGGGGAAAAGGAGACAGAUCUGGACAUAAUCAUAGAAAGAAACAAAGAAAUAAUUCUCAAACUGGCACAACUUGCAUUUGAACAGCUGGUGAAGGGCAAUCUCAUAUUCUCUAAGAAAGACCUGGAGGAGUGUGGUAUCGAUGUCAGUGAAGCCUCAGUGUACUCUGGGUUUUGCACAGAAAUCCUGAAAGAAGAGUAUGGGCUGUAUCGGAAGAAAGUGUACUGCUUUGUCCACCUGAGCUUCCAGGAGUUCCUUGCUGCUCUGUACGUGUUCCACUGCUGUGCGAGCAAGAACAUCAGGGCCCUGGAGUCUGUCAUUGGGGAUGUGUCAUCAGAGCUGUCCUUGCAUGUGCUGCUGAAGAUGAUGGUGGAUAAAGCCUUGGAGAGUGAGAAUGGACACCUGGACCUGUUCCUCCGCUUCCUUGUUGGCAUCUCAACAGAAUCCAACCAGAAACUGUUACAAGACCUACUGCCACAAACAGAGAUCAGCUCAGAGACUGUUAAGGAAAUUAAGAAAUACCUCCGGAAGCCAAAUGUAGAUCAAGUCUCACCUGAUAGGUACAUCAAUCUACUCAUCUGCUUGACUGAGAUGAAAGAUGAUUCAGUACAUGAGGACAUUGACAAGUUCCUGAAGUCAGGAAAUGAAACAGGAAAGGAACUUGCAGGUGCACACUUCUCAUCACUGGCCAACGCACUGCUGAUGUCAAAGGGUGUGCUGGAUGAGAUUGACCUGAGGACAUACAACUUGUCCCCUGGGUGUACGAGACUGGUCCCAGCUGUAAGGAAAUGGACAAAGGCCAUAGUAAAAGCCUGAAACAAUGCCUAAAGACUGAUCACAUGUUGAGGAAGCCAUAGAGCCAAUGAACGGGGUCCUAAUUCUUUGGUGUAUAGGCUUUCAAUGGAAAAACAGCGUUUCAAAAUAAUAGUACUUCCUGGUUGGAUUUUCCUCUGGUUUUUGCCUGGCAUAUCAGUUCUGUUAUACUCACAUACAGUUGUGGAAACUUUAGAGUGUUUUCUAUCCAAAUCUACUAAUUACAUGCAUAUCCUAUCUGCUGGGCCUGAGUAGCAGGCAGUUUAAUUUGGGCACACAUUUCAUCCAAAAUCAGAAUGCUGCUCCCUACCCUAGUGAAGUUAACUUCUCUGGGAUAUGUGGGACGGUAGCGUCCCACCUCGCCAACAGCCAGUGGAAUUGCAGGGCACUAAAUAUCAAACAACAGAAAUCCCAUAAUUAAAAUUCCUCAAACAUACAAGUAGUUUACACCAUUUUAAAGAAUAACUUCUUGUAAAUCAAGCCACAGUGUCUGAUUUCAAAAAUGCUUUACAACGAGAGCACACCAAAUGAUUGUGUUAGGUCAGAGCCAAGUCACAGAAAAACUCAGCCAUUUUAAACUCACAAAAGGUACAAAAGGAUGAAGACAUUUCAGAUGUCAUAUCAUGUCUGUAUAUAUACAGUAUAUAUAAUAUUAUGUAUAUCUACAGUGUUGUAAUGAUGUAAUAUUAUGUAUAUAUACGGUGUUGUAACGAUGUAAUAUUAUGUAUAUAUACAGUG